CGAGAGCGAAGGCGGCAAGGCAAGAUGGCGGCGAUCAAGAGGAAACGGCGUGGGGGCUUGGCGGUUCAGGCGAAGAAACCAAAAAGAAACGAAAAAGAUGCUACGCCGACAGCUAAGCGGCGCGACAUGGCAGAGGAGGCGGAGGAGGAAGAGAGAGACCGUAUCCCAGGCCCCGUUUGCAAGGGCAAGUGGAAAAAUAAGGAGCGGAUUCUCAUCUUUUCUUCCAGAGGAAUAAAUUUCAGGACAAGACAUUUAAUGCAAGACUUGAGAAUGCUGAUGCCUCAUUCUAAAGCAGAUACUAAAAUGGAUCGUAAAGAUAAGUUAUUUGUGAUUAACGAGGUUUGUGAAAUGAAAAACUGCAAUAAAUGUAUUUAUUUUGAAGCUAAGAAGAAACAGGAUCUCUAUAUGUGGCUGUCAAAUUCACCUCAUGGACCAUCUGCUAAAUUCCUUGUCCAAAAUAUUCAUACCCUAGCUGAACUGAAGAUGACUGGAAACUGUCUGAGAGGUUCUCGACCCCUUUUGUCCUUUGACCCUGCUUUUGAUGAAUUACCACAUUAUGCUUUGUUAAAAGAACUCUUAAUUCAGAUCUUUAGUACACCACGGUAUCAUCCCAAAAGCCAACCAUUUGUGGACCAUGUGUUUACUUUCGCCAUUUUGGAUAAUAGGAUAUGGUUUCGGAACUUUCAGAUCAUAGAAGAAGAUGCUGCUCUUGUAGAAAUAGGACCUCGUUUUGUCUUAAAUCUCAUAAAGAUUUUCCAGGGAAGUUUUGGAGGACCAACUUUAUAUGAAAAUCCUCACUACCAGUCACCAAACAUGCAUCGGCGUAUCAUAAGAUCCAUCACAGCUGCAAAAUACAAAGAGAAACAGCAAGUGAAAGAUGUGCAGAAGCUGAGAAAGAAAGAACCAAAGACUAUUCUUCCACAUGAUCCCACUGCAGAUGUUUUUGUUACACCAGCUGAGGAAAAACCAAUAGAAAUACAGUGGGUAAAACCAGAGCCAAAAGUUGAUUUGAAAGCAAGAAAGAAAAGGAUUUACAAAAGGCAAAGAAAAAUGAAACAGAAGAUGAACAGUGGAAAUACAAAAUGAAUUAAUGGAUAAUUUGUUUUCAGUUAUUUUAUAUUUAUUUUGUAUUCCAUG